GACGAAGAAGAAGGAGAAACGGGAAGAUGAAGGCAGCAGCUUCCGAGGACAUAUCGUAGCAGGUUCUAUGCUGCAGUUGAGGACAUCUGAAGAAGUCGAAAAGAGCUGUGAGAUUUCCCAGCUCAGACAAGCAGUGUUACAAAACGAUGACAGACUCCUCGAUGAGAUGCUCUGCCAAGAAAUCUACAAGAAAGUCAUCAACUGCAGAGGUGGUUGGGGCAUCGCUGGCACGCCCCUGCACGCCGCCGUGUCUAAAGGCCACCUCAGCUGUCUGCAGGUGCUGCUAGCCCAUGGUGCUCUGGUGGACUGCGUAGAUGUCAAGGCUCAGACGCCACUCUUCGCAGCUGUUCGUGCGAAAUACCUGGAAUGUGUCUUAGCUCUCCUAGGAGCAGGCGCCAAUCCAGAUGGGAACUCCUCCAAUAACUGCUCCCCCGUCCUCACAGCUGCUCGUGAGGGCGAUGUGCAGAUAUUGAUGCAACUGCUCAAACAUGGCGCCGAGGUGAACUCUCGCUCCAAAGUCUUGCUGUGGACCUCCAGCGCCAGGGUGUCGAGCGGGCCGCUGUACCUGGCGGCCGUUUAUGGACAUAUGGAGUGUUUCAAACUGCUGCUCCUCUAUGGAGCGGACCCAGAUUACAACUGCACAGACGCCAAGCUGCUGAGUUCCAUCAAGCAUCCGAAAACUGUGCUGGAGAUGUGCCUCAGGCACGGCUGUGGUGUGGAGUACAUACAGCUUCUCAUCGACUUCGGUGCUAAUGUCUACCUCCCUACGCUGAUCAUCGAGAAGUCCACCAAGCAGAACGAGGCUGUGGAGCUGCUACUGCGGGAAAGAGGAAAUCCUAAAGCUCUGACUUCUCAGUGCCGACUCGCUGUGAGACAGCACCUCCAAAAGAUCAACAAGAUCCACUGUCUGGAGGAGCUGGAAAUGCCAAGGAGUCUCAUUCGCUUCCUGCAACACAAACCCUUCGCCGCCACUGUUCUGUAGCUACAUGAGCUGGAGGCCUGUUCAUGUCAAUUCAGUUUCAUUGUAGCUCAAGAUUUUUCUUUUAAAUGCAGAUUAUGAACCAGCUUUUUUUAAAUGACCCGUGUGUUUGUGUGCUGUUGUGUUGUGACUGAUGCGGUAAUCCAUUAAAUGUGAGG